AAUACUAGUAGCAUUUAAAAAUGGAGAGGGCUCAUUUAAUACAGCAAACACAGAACUCUAUUAGUAGCUUUUUUAUUUAUUGAAAACUCUAUUAUUUCUUUAUUUUUUUUAAGGGGGAAACGAGAGAAGGAAUCGGAAUAAGAAAGGCUUUCAACUCUCAACCCCAAGGUAAGUCAAGGAUCCUUUAGUUGUGGGGUGGGGUUGAAUUUCAAGCUUCCUUUUUUGGCUUCAGAAAGUUUGGAUUUUGAUGGUAAUGUAGGUGUUGUGUUGACGGCUCCCCUUUUAUUCAGCUUUCGUUCCAAUGGAUUCCUCUUUCGAGGGAGUUACUCUUGAUCCAUCAAAAUGUAGUGAAUUGAGUAUGGAUGAAAAGAGAGAGCUAGUCUAUGAAUUAUCAAAGAGGACAAGCAGGGCCCCUGAAAUGCUACAAUCAUGGAGCCGUCAGGAGAUUUUGCAGAUCUUAUGCGCUGAGAUGGGGAAGGAAAGGAAAUACACUGGCUUGACAAAGCUGAAAAUUAUAGAAAACCUUUUGAAAAUUGUAGCUGAAAAGAAUUCGGGAGAUCAGGAGGGUGUGACGGAGCCUGAAUUGCAAUCUUCCCCAACAAAUGGCCAGAAAACAUCCAAAAGGCAAAGGAAGGCUGAUCAUCCGUGUCGACUGCCUGUUCCGGUGAAUGAUCUUCCGAUCAAUAAUGGUGGAAAUGACACGACCAAUGCUGUUUAUUGUAAAAACUCAGCUUGCAGGGCUAGCUUGAGACAAGAAGAUACAUUUUGCAAGAGGUGUUCCUGCUGCAUCUGUUAUAAGUUUGAUGACAACAAGGAUCCUAGCCUGUGGUUAAUUUGCAGCUCAGAGCCUCCUUUCCAGAACAAUUCCUGUGGCAUGUCAUGUCAUCUUGAGUGUGCUUUAAAACAUGAGAAUUCUGGUUUUCUGAAAGAUAAACGGCAUGCAGGACUUGAUGGUAGCUUUUAUUGUGUAGCAUGCGGGAAAGUAAAUGAUUUGCUUGGGUGCUGGAGAAAACAACUUAUGGCUGCAAAAGAUACGAGGAGGGUGGACAUACUCUGUUAUCGCGUCUCUCUAGGCCAAAAACUUCUUAAUGGUACUCAAAAGUAUCAAAAACUUUCUGAGAUUGUUGAUGAAGCUGUCAAGAAGCUUGAAGCUGAAGUAGGUCCAUUGACAGGUGUGCCUGUGAAGAUGGGUAGGGGUAUCGUCAACAGGCUUUCUUCAGGACCGGAAGUUCAGAGACUAUGUUCUUCAGCGAUCGAAUUACUGGACAAAAUGAUUUUUGAUACUACCUCAAAUUCUUCACGAGAUCUUUCAUUCCCCGCAGGUUCAAGUUCAAAACCUCCAACAAUUGUAUGCUUUGAAGAUGUUCGACCGACUUCCCUUACAGUAAUUGUGGGCUCUGAAGAAAAUUUUCCAGAUGGUGUUAUUGCUCACACCUUAUGGCAUCGCAAGGAUCAUGAUAGGGAUUACCCUGUUAAACCGACAUGUACAUUGUUUGUGCCAAACAGAAGGUAUGUUGUCACAGGGCUGACUCCAGCUACCAAGUAUCAUUUCAAAGUCGUCUCCUUUAAUGGGACAAGGGAGUUCGGUCCAUGGGAAGUGCCGAUUUCGACAGCCUUUAAUGGGGAUGAAGUUCCAAGUUGCCCUGUGAUGGGAAGAAGUCAAAGUCCAGCUACCAACUAUAGUAGCCUUUCUAAUCCAUCUUCUGUGGAGGAUGAAACUAAUAACAAUACCCCAUACAGUGAUCAGAAUGAUGACCGGGCUGACAAUUAUGCAAAAUAUUGCAAGGACAUGGAUACAAUUAUUCCCACAAAUCCAUCUGAAGGUGCCGCCAACUGCACUGUCCUUGGUGAAGAUUCCAUCCCUGCAGAUGAAGUUUCUCUGUUGGGUGUGGACUGUUCCAUGGAGAUUGUUGGUCCCAUACCUGAUUCUGAUGUCUUAAAUGUCGAGAAAAAACAGACAUCAGAGGAGACAAGCACUGAUAACGGCUCUGAUGCCCCCGCUCAGACUGGUACCGAGUGUGUGGCAUUUGUGGGUUGCUCCGAAGCUGGCCUGCCUGUUACUCCCUGCAGGAUGGAAAUAGUAAAAGAUGGACAAGGAAGGAGUGGGAGAUAUAAAUCCAGCAAUAAGGACCCGAAGAAUAGGACUGGUAAAGGAGAAGAACCCUGUGAUGGCAGCUCCUCCAAGAAGCGAAAUGGGGAAAGGCGGGACGAAGAAUGUGUGGAAAAUGGUGUCUCGGAAAUGGAUUUCGAGCAUUGCGUGAAGGUGAUCAGAUGGUUAGAAUGCAAAGGUCAUAUCGAGAAGAACUUUAGGCAGAAAUUCCUCACCUGGUAUAGUUUGAGAGCCACCCCGCAGGAGGUGAGGAUUGUGAAGGUCUUUGUUGAUAUCUUGAAUGCAGACCCAGCAUCGCUUGCCGAGCAGCUUGUCGACACAUUUUCGGACUGCAUCUCAAGUAAACAAACAUCUACGGUGCCUGCUGGCCUCUGCAUGAAGCUUUGGCAUUGAUGUUAGCCUAUAAGAUGUAGUUUUUUAAGUGCAAACCUGGUGAGGGUUUGUGUUAGGAUAAAUUUUUUAGACCCAUAACAUAUAUAUAUAUUUAACAUUUUCUUGUGUCAUGCUUAUGAUUAUGUAAUUCUUGGCUGAUUUACACAGGGUUG